AUGAGAGGAUGGAAGCAGUUGAAAUGGAGCAAAAGGAGAAGAAAGAGAAGAGGUCGCGCGAUCUCAGCUGGUUUUGAAAACGAGGAGAUGAAGAAAGAAGAGAAGAAUAGAGAGGAGGCAAAGAAGGAUGAGAGAAUGGAAGCAGCAGUUGAAAUUGAGCAAAAGGAGAAGAAGGAGAAAAGGUCGCGUGAUCUCGGUUGGUUUCGAAAAAAAGAGACGGAGAAAGAAUAG